AUGCCAACAGUGACCGGCGUACCUCACAUUUGCGUCACCCUUGAUACGCAGUCCGCCACACCCGGCGUCCGUCCGCGAAGAAGAGACCCACUUGAAGCCUUCAACGGGUCUAUCAAUUACCCACUGAUCAAGUCUUGGAUUGACAGGUGUAAUGACGAUCAUGGUUCGAAAUGCCACGAGCGUUUUGUUAGUCACCCCCCUGACCUCGAGAUUGAUCUCAUUGACGUUUCUACACGACGUCUGGUUCGCCGGACUAUCAAAGAACGAUAUGUCGCGUUGAGUUACGUCUGGGGAAAGAGUACCGAGCUUCGUCUGGAAACCUCAGAUCUGAGCCAAGUCAAAGACGAGUAUGAUCUGGCGAUUUUGGCCCCCAAGGCACCGGCCACACGUGGUUCUCUGCUUCCUAAAGAAAUGCCGCAGACCAUGGAAGAUGCCAUUACAUUUACCAAGCGGCUCGGCGAGCGGUAUUUGUGGGUGGAUGUGUAUUGCAUCGACCAGAAUGACGAAGUCGAAAUGCGUGCCCAGAUUGGAGCCAUGCACCGAAUCUUUUCGUCGGCAUACCUGACUUUGCUCAACGUCGAUGGUGAGAAUGCGGACUGGGGCUUGACAGGCGUAUCACGACCCAUCCUGCAGACCAACCAACCAGUUGUCGAGACGAGUGAGGGCCAGAUCAUGGCUACGUUUCUGUACUCCAUCUGGCAUAACGCCGGUACUACAGUAUGGGAUAGUCGAGCUUGGACGCUGCAAGAACGCUUGCUAUCUCUGCGAAGCGUCAUAUUCGCCAAAACAUACAUCGCUAUGGCAUGUCAGGAGGAGUAUUUCCAUGACAUUCUCCACCUGGCACCAGACGUGAGAACGACCAUGGGUGACGACUUCUUCCGCGAAGAUGGUGCUGAUAUUCACCUCGAUGAACCCGAGUGGGAUUUCAAAAUCUAUGAUGCUCUUGUAUCGGUCUAUUCUGGUCGCAAACUCACGGUGCAAUCGGAUGCGUUGAAUGCCUGCCUGGGCAGUCUCAAUCGCAUCGCCCUCAGCACGGGGUAUUCCUUCACCUUCGGCCACCCAGAAGAAGAUCUCCUGCGCUCGUUGCUCUGGAAAGCACACCAUGAACAUGUUUCCACACGUCGGUCAGAAUUCCCAUCCUGGUCGUGGCUAGGUUGGCGCGGUCGAGCCGAGUAUCCCUAUUGGGUGGGUGACAUGGCAGACUAUGCAACCGACUCUCCUUCACCAACCCGCCCGCCACCCCGAUCUCGUUCCCACUCCGGAUCUGUCUCAUCUUCUGAUGAGAAAGAUCUGGUGACGCGCGCCCCUCCAACUAAACGUCGCCGUCUCCGCUGGUUCACAGCCGAAGAUGACACGUCACACCCCCAGACUGCGGAGGUGACCCUUGCAGGCAAGCCCAGCUUUAACGAACCCGCCGGUAGCCUCAGACUCGAGACGAUGGUCGCGACCUUCCGCUGUAAGCACAUCCGCCAUAACGGCGCACCACACAAGAAUCUUAAAUAUAUGUCUCAGCAAGCCAGACUCGCCGUCGGUGAGCACUGGGCACUACUGGACCUGGAAGGUGAACUGUUGCGCAACACGACAGGUGAGCACCCUGCAUUCGAGAGCACGGAUGUGUGGUUCCGCGUGGAUGCGGAGACAUCGGCGCGCCUGGAGGAAUGGGAUGGAGAGGUGCAGCUGGUGUUUGUACAGCAAUGGCCGCGGAUCAGGGAUUCAAAGGCUUCGGGGCAGUGGCGAUGGGAUAUGGUGAGUGUAUUGGUGGCGUUGCCUGGGAUUGAGAACGGUCAUGCCAUGAGAAUAGCAGCUGUGUUGCUGGAGAGGGACGAGUGGCUGUCCCGGAAACCAAUUCCAGGAACGGUCAUUUUGAUCUAG